AUGGCUGAUCUCAACUGCGAAACCACCGACGUGGUGAUAUGCGGCUGCGGACCCACGGGGGCCAUGCUGUCUGCGUAUUUGGGUCGGAUGAGAAUUCGCAAUAUCGUGCUGGAGAAAGGAGAAAGGAUUACAACAGACCCGAGAGGUAUCGCGCUUGAUGAAGAUGGGAUUCGUCUGCUGCAGGGUAUAGGGCUGUACCCGUCUAUCUAUAAAGAGAUUGGAACCUGUAUGCACACUUUCAAGUUCAUUGGGGGAACAAAUCCCGUUCUGGAUAAGAAGGCGUUUAUGGAAAUGGAUUACGGGACGACAGAAGGUGGGACAGGACAUGUAGGAUUUAUCUGCCACAAACAGCCUACACUGGAGAAGAGCCUUCGGCAAGCAAUGGCAUCAUCUUCAUCCUGUGAACUACGCUCUGGGUGCACGGUGACCGGCCUAUCCGAAGAUGAAGAUGGUGUAAUAUGCCAGUAUCGCGAUCCCCAAGGAAUUGAGCACUGCAUUCGUUCACGCUUUUUUGUUGGUGCCGAUGGAAAGACUGGGUUCACAAGAAAACAAUAUCUCGAGGCGCGAGGGAUAACUAUGGACCAGGCUCAUAGCGCCUUCUAUGAAGAGACGUGGGUAGCUCUAAACUGGAAAAUCGAUCUCCCCAACGAGAAAACCCACCCCGAUUUCCCUCUUUGGAAGAUGGGUUACACACCUGAACAGGUGUAUGAGCUAUUUUUCCCAUUAAAUUUCCGAUUCAUCUGCAAUCCCAACAGACCUUCUGUUUGUGGACGCUUUGGACUGCCGGCCGAUAGGCUGUGGCGCUUUGAGUUUGUGGUUUUGAAAGACGAGGACGGUGACAAGAUGGCUGAACCUGAGAUGAUGAAGAAGGUAGUCUUUCCCUAUAUCACACAUUCGGGAAGUCGAUAUGGACUUUCAUACGAUAUCGCUUAUCCAGAAGACUGCAUCACGGUCCUUCGAUGCCGCCCAUUCCGUUUCUCCGCUCGCAGCUGCAACAGAUGGUCUAACGGCCGUGUCAUCCUAUGUGGCGAUUCCGCACACGUAUUUCCUCCCUUCGGCGGUCAAGGCAUCGCCUCCGGCUUCCGCGACGCAGCCUCCCUAGCCUGGCGCCUCGCCCUCCUCUGUCGUGACACAACUCCAUCCAAGAGUUUACUUUCUCACGAGAAAGUCUUGGAAGCAUGGUACAUGGAACGCAAGCAGCAGCUGGAAAGGUCCCUAGCAAGCACGAUCGAAAACGGACGGUUCGUAACAGAAGGCAACCCCGUGAAAAUCUUCCUGCGCAAUCUAUACCUGUGGAUCGUGCAACUAGUCCCCAGCUGGAGACACGAUCUCCGACUUGGUCGGCGGAAGGAGGGUAUGGUGCGGUAUAAGCAUUUUGAUGGAAUGCCGUUUCUGCCGGAGCUCAAUGGGGGCUUGUCUCUUCCGCAGGUUUAUUGCACUGCUGUUAAUAAGGCAGAUGCUGAGAUCCAGUUUACGGAUGAUGUGAUAUUUGCAGCGCAUAAAGAAUGCCUGUUUCAGCUUCUUGUCUAUGUCAAAACGUUAGAUGAAAUGGCGGAUGCGAAACAAGUCAUUUCUGAUAUUGAUGAUAUAUCGAAUGGCGAGAUUCGGGCUUCUGAAGCGACAUUCCUGGUUGAGGAUCUCUUCUCUACCUCCACCGGGAUGGAUGAUGGUGUGUUCCGGCUUGCUACUGGUGAUGAGUUUGCGCAGUCCUUGCUAUGUGAGGGACGGCCAGCGCCGCAGUUCUAUGACCCUUAUUCCCUUGGAAAGGAGCUAAAUGGGACGCGGUUUGUCAUUGUGCGUCCAGAUCGAUUUAUUUUCGCUGCUUGUAAUAGCAGAGAAGAUCUAAGACAAUCGGCGAGAUGUGUGGUCUCGUUUCUCCAGGGGUAA